GAAAAUGUAAAGCAACUCCUACUCAGAGCACAGCUGCAUGCUAUCUACUGGCUUGCUUUCAUCGCCACUUGACGGAUUUCUCCACGUUCCUUCCUUCCUUCCCUAUUUACUAUUCCCUUCUCAACCCUAACUUUCCCUCACUUUCCUUCCUUCUUUCCAAACACUCCCCCUUCCCCUAGCUUCACUCUUCUAACCAAACAUGGCCUUACCGACCCAAACUAAUCUCCUUCAAAAACCGUUCCUUUCCCCGCCUUCUCUUUCGCAACCUUCCGCAUUUUCCGCCCCAGGGCCUAUCCCUUUCCGAAAAUUCCGGCCCGCUUCUAUCCAGUGCUCCGUAAAAGCCGCCCCGUCUGUUACUGUGACGGCGUCAAAGGAAUGCAAGGUCAAAUCAGUCAAAGCUAGGCAGAUUAUUGACAGCAGGGGCAAUCCGACGAUCGAGGUUGAUUUGAUCACCGAUGAUCGUUAUCGAUCAGCCGUCCCUAGCGGCGCCUCUACCGGGAUCUAUGAGGCGCUGGAGCUCAGAGACGGUGACAAGAGCGUCUAUGGCGGCAAAGGUGUGCUCUUCGCCGUUAAAAACAUCAAUGAAGUUUUGGGUCCUAAGCUUAUUGGCGUUGAUGUUAGAAAUCAAGCGGAUGUAGAUGCUGUUAUGCUGGAAAUUGAUGGGACCCCAAACAAGUCAAAACUUGGAGCUAAUGCAAUAUUGGGAGUGUCAUUGAGCGUAUGCAGAGCAGGUGCCGGGGCUAAAGGGAUGCCAUUGUACAAGCAUAUCCAGGAAUUAUCAGGAACAAAGGAGCUUGUUAUGCCGGUUCCAGCAUUUAAUGUAAUCAAUGGAGGAAGUCAUGCUGGAAAUAAUUUGGCUAUGCAAGAAUUUAUGAUACUACCAGUUGGUGCAACCUCCUUUGCUGAGGCGCUUCGCAUGGGAAGUGAAGUUUAUCACACACUAAAGGGUAUUAUCAAAGCAAAAUAUGGACAAGAUGCUUGUAAUGUUGGAGAUGAAGGGGGAUUUGCUCCUAAUGUUCAGGACAACAGGGAGGGAUUGGUUUUGCUAAUGGAUGCAAUUCAGAAGGCUGGUUACACUGGAAAGAUCAAAAUAGGAAUGGACGUUGCAGCUUCAGAGUUUUUCACCAAAGAUGGAAAAUAUGACCUGAACUUUAAGAAACAACCAAAUGAUGGAGCUUAUGUGCGCUCAGCUCAGAGCUUGGGUCAACUCUACAAAGAGUUUGUCAAAGACUUCCCUAUCGUGUCUAUUGAAGAUCCAUUUGACCAAGAUGACUGGAGCUCAUGGUCUUCACUACAGUCUUCUGUCGAUAUCCAACUUGUUGGAGAUGAUUUGUUAGUCACAAAUCCAAAGAGAAUAGCUGAAGCCAUUCAAAAGAAGGCUUGCAAUGCCUUGCUUCUUAAGGUUAACCAGAUUGGCACAGUAACUGAAUCCAUUCAAGCAGCACUUGACUCGAAAGCUGCAGGAUGGGGAGUGAUGGUCAGCCACCGAAGUGGUGAAACAGAGGACAACUUUAUUGCUGACCUUUCUGUUGGUUUGGCUAGCGGCCAGAUCAAGACUGGAGCUCCUUGUAGAAGUGAGAGAUUGGCCAAAUACAAUCAGCUUCUUCGCAUUGAAGAGGAACUUGGAAAUGUUCGCUAUGCUGGUGAAGCUUUCAGAUCUCCUUAGAGAAACUUAUUGGAACAAAUUUCUGCAUCAAAUUAGUGUCAAGAAAGGUUUCUAUGAGCUGUAGUGAACUGAGGCGGCCUAAAGAAAUUUUUCAGGGACCCUAUGAGCUCCUCAAGAAAAAACCGAAUUUGAUCAACUAGGAUAAUCAAAUGUUAUUUUGUUUCCAAUUUCUGGGAUCUGAAUAAUCAAGUUUUGCUUUAAGUUUAUGUUUAGAGUGCAAAAGGAACUUGAUUAAAUGUGUUUCAUUGAUUCCGGUCACUACCAUCUGUAAUGUUGCUAAGCCUUGUAAUGAAAAGUUGUUCUCUUACCAGACUUACUCUAUGAAAUAUGUCAUUUUGGGGUCUUU